AAUAUUGAUGAACAACGUUGAUAGGAAUUUCCAAUUAUCAGUGGCAUGUUUGGCUACAAUUAUAGUUUUUAUAGGUUUGUACACUCAAUCUUUACAGAAAAUGGUGGUCACUUACUUCAUUGGUAUGCUAGGGAUCAUUGGUGUGCUUUCACCUGAUUGGGAGUCCUUUGAUCAGAGUGUCUCCCAAUGGUGCAACCCUCUCAAGGUGGAUAAUUUGACCUUUGAAUCUGACACAUCAACAAGGUUUAGAUUCUACCCAGUUAGAGUGGCUAUCUUCACGAUUGUUUAUGGAUUUGUUCUAUACAAGUGGUGGAUGUUUAUAUCCAGUGAAUGAAUAAAUUCACUAUGGCAAAUUUCUCUUGCUUUCUAAGAAUGACAAUGCACACAUAUUUGGUGGUAGUAUUUUUUUUUUUUUUUUUUUUUUUUUUU